GUUUUUUGAAAUAUUUUAAAGAUGUCACCAAAAAAAGUUUCCAACAUCAAACCUCACGCCAAGAGCAAAUCCGUGCCAAAAAGCAAGAAAAUUAACGAUUUUUUCCCCGUCAAGGAUGAGAAAAAUGUCAAACCCGAUCCACAAAUCAUCUUUGAGGAAGUCGAAGAGAUCAUCGAACACAUUUGCGCCAAAUGUGAACAAUCCUUCGACAACAUGGACACCCUCAGAGCUCAUUUGCCCGCAUGUCGCAGUACAUUACUGAAUCAACAAUUCGUUCCCCAGACAACAACUGACACCGGCAACGUCGAACAUUACAUCCUGGACAUCCCAAAUGCGAUUUCCGAAGAAACUGCGGCAGAAAAAGACGAACCAGAAACAACUAUCGUCUUGGAUUUCCGAAAAAACGAACAAAUUACUGUCGAUCCCGAUUACGAAGACGACUACGAGCCCGCAACGAAAGACGAGCAAAAAUCAUGGGAAGCUCACGACGACGAGGAAACGUGUUUUUGCUGCGGCGAGAGCGUCGAAACUGCUCACACGGGUCACAUUCGGUGCAAAAAGUGCCCGAAAUCGUUCAAAGACAAUCCGAGCAUUCGACGCCAUGUCUUGACGUUACAUUCGACGGUGACGAAUAAAUUUCCGUGCGACAAAUGCAAUGCGGUCGUUUUGUCGGCGAAACUCUUCAAAAUGCAUCUCGAAGCUCACAAACACGGAAAACAGUUUUGUUGUCGCGGUUGCGGCAAAGAAUUCACGCGUCAAUAUCACCUUACGCGACAUCUCAAAUACAUGAAUUGCGACGGGAAACGACCCGUAAUUAAGCAUCCGUGCAACGUUUGUGGCGCCUUAUUUGCUCGCAUGGACAAUUUGAAGCUGCAUUUGCAAACGCAUAUCGAAGCGCCGCAGCAAAAGAAGGAUUUUCAGUGUUCGUAUUGUCCGCGUGCCUUUUUGGGUUCGUCGCUGUUGAAUAUUCACCUGAGAACGCAUACCGGAGAGAAGCCCUUCAUUUGUGACAUUUGCAAGAAAGGUUUCCCCUCGAAUGGCGCAUUGAGAAAGCAUCGCAGAACGCAUACGGGCGAGAAACCGUAUCAAUGUACUUAUUGCCCGUCGAGAUUUGCUGCCAAGGAAACGUUGAAUCGACACACGAAGACGCAUACGGGAGUGAAAAAGUACGCGUGUGAAUAUUGUGAAGCGAAAUUCAUUCAAAAUAGUCAGUUGAAGGCACAUAUGAAGGCUCAUGAUGACUCGAUUCGUUGGGAAUGUAAAGUUUGCGGCGAGAAAUUUGAAACUGUUCGACUCAAACACAUCCAUUACCGCAACGCUCACAAAAUGGGCAAAAUUUACACGUGUGACUAUUGCAAGAACAAUUACAUCACAAAAGCCGAGCUCAAGCGUCACAUGCAGGGAGUCCAUUUGCGUUUACGUGCCUUCGCAUGCACCCAAUGCCACAAACACUUCGUUACAAAGGGUCAACUCGCGAUCCAUUCCAACAUUCAUCGUAUCGAGGCGCCCGUCAAAUGCAAAUUAUGCAACCGAAUGUUCCGUCGACGCGAUUGUUACCGUCGUCACAUCCGAAAUCGCCACAAAAACUACUUUGAAUGGGCAAUCAAGACCGCCGAAAAGCGAAAAUUGGGCAUUUUGGCGAGCGAAGAUGCCGCUUUCGAACAGCUGCGUCAAGAAGUACUUCGCAAGGAUCAAUCGCAAGAAGUUGUCAUCGACGAAAACAAACUUCCGUUCGACUAUCGCGCGGAUAUCGACGAAAAAGGAUACAUCGAGCUCGUUAUCCCGGAAGAAAUCGAAGACGAGUACAUGGAAGAAGCACCGCAAGACGCAAAUUCCGCGGAUAAAAACAAAGAUUUGACCUUCGGAGGCUUGGAUGAACACAUUCGACGCAUGAAAGUUGACGAAUCGCUCACUGACGAAGCCCUGAUUUCCUACACGAAGCAACUUUUGGGCCUUUUACUCGAUGCCACGACAUUAGAAGACUUUGGAUAUCCGGAUUUGCCGACGAUUCAAAUUCUCACGUCGAUUAUCGAGAAUUGCGGAGGAAAACCAUUCGAGGAAGAAGAUACUGAUGAACCAACUUGCAUUCGAGAAAAUGUCAAACUUUUCUUUACACUCGUCAUGGAAAGCGAUCAGAUCAAGAAUUUGUUGAAUAAUCACAACGUCGAUGAAGUCAUUCAGUUUAUUAUCAAAUAUUUGCAAUCGGAUGACAUGGAAACAGUUUGAUUCAAUUUUUUUGAAGUUUUUUAUUUGUGAGUUAGGCACAAGAUUGCAUAUUCCAUUAUCUUAAUUUCUACAUUAAAUUUGUAGACAAGUGCAAAAAAAAACGAAAAUUGUUUCAAAAAUAAUUCGAAAAAUAUUACGAGGGAUUUUAUUGUAAAAUGAUAAUUAAUUUUUAUUGAAUAAA